UUACUGGUCUGAUUCACUCCCCCUCAAUCUGGUGCAUCUGUCCUGGCAGUCAGGUGUCUCCUGUGUCCAUCAGUCGUAUGUGCUGCAGGCUGGGAGCAGGGGAGGUGAGCGCUGCCACUGCCUGCACUGUCUCAGCUCUCGUACCCAGCUCACCACCCUCAGGCGUGCAGCUGCAUGAUGAGCACUUGCUGAUCAACUCCUGGCUUUCAAGGUUAAGAAAGAACAGUAAAGAGGAAAAAAAAAUAGUGUGCUGCUUUAAACGUAAGUGGUUGCUUGUGUAUUUAGGGUAAGUACUUCUAUGUCUGCUGCCACUUAAACUGGUGAAAUGGUAUGGGUCAUGCUGUCAUUCAGUGAAGCGUAUGGCUGUUAUGUAAAGGUUUUAAUUACUUUCUUCAUCUGUCUGCUCAGGAACACCACGCGUCUGGCAAAAUUUUGAGAAGGCUCAAGGCGUUAAAGAAAGCUCAUCUAAAUAAAGGAGGGUUAACGUGACAUUGCAGUUACUUAAUCCUGUAUUGUCCUGCCAUGUGACUGCAGGGAUACUGAGGCGUAGCAUUUCUUUUGCCUAGUGCACAGUUUAUGCUUUUCCUGUCAUCUUGCAGAAUCAGUUGCUUUGUUGAACACAUCAUGGGAAAGAAACAGAGGGGCAGCGUACUUUUCACAGCAAGGCUUCCACACACAGUGACAUUUCCAAGGUACAGUGACAAGCUCACAGGCUGAAGAAUGAAUCAAAGGCAAUCCCUACAGUCAGCUUUUGGACAUUCACCAGAAUCAAGGAGAACUACGCUCUUAAGGUGGCAUCAUGAGGACAGCGGAGAAGAUGAUGGGCGCCCAGAGUGCCAUGAAGGAGAUGAAGAGGGCAACCAGCACAGGCUGACCCCAUUUGAGAAACUAAUGCAGGAUAUGUCUCAUAAUGAAAAAGUGGUGAAAGAAUUAACACUGGGAAAGAGAAUUGCCUUCUAUCGAGUCAGAGGAGAAAUAGGAAGUGGGAAUUUCUCACAAGUGAAGCUUGGAAUUCAUUCCCUAACCAAAGAGAAAGUUGCAAUUAAGAUUUUGGACAAGACAAAGCUAGACAGAAAGACUCAACGUUUGCUGUCUCGUGAGAUAUCCAGCAUGGAAAAGCUGCACCACCCAAAUAUCAUCAGGCUGUAUGAAGUGGUGGAGACGCUCUCAAAACUGCACCUGGUGAUGGAGUAUGCAGGAGGUGGGGAACUCUUCACUAAAAUCAGUACAGAAGGAAAGCUGCUAGAAACAGAGUGUAAAAUAAUCUUCUCCCAGAUUGUGUCUGCUGUGAAGCACAUGCAUGACAAUAAUAUCAUUCACCGGGACCUGAAAGCAGAAAACGUGUUCUAUGCCAGUAACACCUGUGUUAAGGUGGGAGACUUUGGAUUCAGUACAUUAAGUAAAAGAGAUGAAACUUUAAAAACUUUCUGUGGCUCUCCUCCUUAUGCUGCUCCUGAACUCUUCCGAGAUGAAAAUUAUAUUGGCAUCUAUGUAGACAUCUGGGCACUGGGAAUCCUCUUAUACUUCAUGAUGACAGGUAGCAUGCCAUUCCGGGCAGAUACAGUAGGCAAGCUGAAAAAGUGCAUUCUUGAAGGGACAUACACUUUGCCUCCCUGCCUCUCAGAAAAUUGCCAGAAACUGAUAAAAGGAGUCCUUCAGCCAGUACCAACCAAGCGAUACUCUGUCAAACUGAUAAUGAACAGUGAAUGGAUGCAAGGAAUACAGUUCCCCAAACCUUUACAGACAUUUAAACUGGAUCCAAAAUAUUUAUCAGAUAUCAGUACACUAAAAGAAGAAGAAAUUGAAGUGAAAAAUAUUCUGGAAGAUCUGGGAAUCACAGAACAGCACAUUCAGAACAACCGGGGAAGAGAUGCACGCAGCUCCAUAACAGGGGUCUACAGAAUCGUGUUGCACAGAGUACAGAAGAAAAGGGCACUUGAAUGUGUUCCUAUCAUGUCCCAGCCAGAUCCAAAAGAAGACAACUCGAGAAACAGAAUCACUUCUUACAGUGGCAUUAAGCACACAUCCAAGCUGUGUUCUAUUUUAUAAAACUGCACUGCAGGCUUUAUGCUCAGCACAUUUGACAAAGGGGAUUAUUCACUUAUCCUUAAGCUGUAGUGUUAACAUUUUUUUGUAACUUUUGAAUAAACCAAAAAUGCCUCAUUUCUUUGCAUUGCUCAAUUAGCAGUGAAGCACUCAAAACUAGAGUUCUUGUGCAUUCGUUUGACCAUUUCUCCAUAUACUUGGUAUAGCCAGAGCAAGAACCCAGUAACUGCAAAGAUCAUGAGUAGAGGGGAUCUUUUAAUAAAUGCCAUGCUACUGUACUUAACCUCUUUGGGAGAUUCUCUGCACAGGCUUAUAACAGCUAACUUCUGAAAUAUGUACGUAAGCCCAACACAACUUCAUUACUGAAAAUCGAGACAGUUUUUGCAAAGAACUAAAGUUGAGACCAGACUAUAAUCUAAACAAUUGCAAAUUCUUUUGAACUUCCUCAUCUAUUUUAACAAGUUAAUUUUUAAAAAGCAUUUUAUUUUCUUUCGAGAAACAUCAAAGCUGUUGUUGGCUGCAGUUCCCAACUUGUCAUGAUUCCAGAAGACAAAUCAGGAUUCAGUACUUUAACCCUGUAUGUGUGGCUGUCUGACUGGUUGGGCUACCAUCAAUUACCCUUGUGAUGCCUUCCACUGCUUGCAUGAUUCCGCCACUCUGGAAUUGCUUGGACUCCAGCUUCAUUCCAAUAAAGAAAGAUUUAAGCAUACUCCAAAA